AAAUGUGUUAAGAACUUAGCAGCGCACAUAGGCGCUGGUUCUCUACACAAACCCCACUUAUUUCUUCUUCUACCCCACUUUGGAGUUCCCUCUCUCUCUGGUGGGUGAGUGAGGUGGGUGAGUGAGAGGAAGUUUCCCUCUUGGCUUCGACCAUGGCUGCGUACGGACCUGGAUUUCUUCUGGGUUUUCUUGCAUUUCUGGGAAUGCAGCUCCUCCCUCAAAUAAUGGCAGUAUAUACUUUUGCAGAAUGCCCCUUAAAUUUGAGUGGAUCAAACGUUACUCAGGCAGCCUCUUUGUGCUCUAAUAAAGAAGACAGAGGAAAGUGUUGCCGCUAUAUAAAUGCUUUCAUUGCAGUUUCUAUUGCUCACUAUGCAAAUGUGACAAGCAACUUGGGCGUUCCUUCAAAUUUAUCUGACAUAUGCCUCCAUUCCAUAUCACAAACCUUAGUACUGUAUGGAGUUCCCAGAAAUGCAACAGCUUUCUGUGGGUUUGGGACAAAAAUUCCAGUAAAUUAUGAGUGUAAGGGUCGAACAACUGUCACACAAAUGCUGCAGUCUCCAAAGUUCAUUGAUGUCAUGGCAAAUUGCAAAGUACCACUUUCAGAGGAAACUAAAUGCAAGAAGUGUUUAAAUUCUGGCAUCGUAUUUCUUCAUCGUCUAUUAGGAACAGAAGAUAAUAUAACUUUGAGUACCUGCCGUGAUGCAACUUUUGCUGCAUUGGCAAGCCAAGUUGAUGAUCCUUCAGCUAUUGACAUGGCAAGCUGUUUCUUUCAAAUUAAGGGGCUCAACAACAUCCUACCAGUUUCAGAGCCAUCGCCAUCCUCCACCCCGAAGGCUUCUCCAAGUCCUUUUGUGGCUGCUAGCCCAAGCCAACACUUGUUGGGUCCACCCCAAAAUGAAACACAUCAUUCCUACCACCUUACAUUGGUUCCAGGUAUUGGCAUUGCAGUAACAGCUGUCGCUGUAAUGAUGCUUUUAGUCUUGAUAGUUCUCAUUCGUAAGAAAAACAGAGAGUUACUGGAUUCUGAGAGUAUAGAUAAAAAAUCGUCAAAAUCCUUUCACUCGCCUCGUCCUAUGAGGAAAUUUCAGGAAGGUCCUCCAUCUAUGUUUCGGAAAUUCAGCUACAAGGAGAUAAAGAAGGCGACUGAAAACUUCAACACAAUUAUUGGACAAGGGGGAUUUGGAACUGUGUACAAAGCUCACUUUAGUGAUGGUUUAGUGAUAGCAGUUAAGCGAAUGAACAAAGUGUCAGAGCAGGGAGAACAUGAGUUCUGCAGGGAGAUAGUGCUUCUAGCCAGAUUGCAUCAUCGUCAUCUUGUUGCUCUGAGGGGCUUUUGCAGCGAGAAGCGUGACAGGUUUCUCAUGUAUGAAUACAUGGAAAAUGGUAGCUUGAAGGACCAUCUUCACUCUCCGAAUUGGACUCCUCUAAGUUGGCGGACUAGAAUCCAAAUUGCCAUUGAUGUGGCUAACGCUCUGGAGUAUCUCCAUUUCUAUUGUGAUCCUCCUCUUUGCCAUAGAGAUAUUAAGUCCAGCAAUAUCUUACUGGAUGAUAAUUUUGUUGCCAAGGUUGCAGAUUUUGGCCUUGCACAGGCUUCAAAAGAUGGUUCUAUUUGCUUUGAACCAGUAAAUACGGAUAUUCGGGGAACUCCAGGUUAUAUGGAUCCGGAGUAUGUGGUUACCCAAGAGCUGACGGAGAAAAGUGAUGUAUACAGCUACGGUGUGUUACUGUUGGAGCUAGUAACCGCAAGGCGAGCAAUACAAGACAACAGGAAUUUGGUAGAAUGGUCACAAAAGUACAUGGAAUCUGAAUUAAGCUUACCUGAUCUGGUGGAUCCCAGUAUACAAGAUUCAUUUGAUUUGGAUCAGCUCCAAACGAUUGUGUCUAUCGUGAGAUGGUGCACCCAGAAAGAAGGCCGCGAUAGGCCUUCAAUCAAACAGGUGCUUAGGCUUUUGUACGAGAGUUCGGACCCAAUGCAUAGUGGGUUCCUAGCAGCCGUGGAAGAUGAAGAGUACGAAGAGACGGAAGGAAGAGGAAGGACUAGUAAAGGGAAGAUGCAUAGGACUGACAUGAUUUUUCAUAGCGGGGAUGGGAGGUAUCUCGCUUCUUCUUCGAGUACAUCCAGGUCUUAUUGUAGUAGAAGCUUCUUGCUUGAAAAUGGCUCGCCACAAUCCCCUCCGAAUAUUCUCUCCGUUUGAAGACUUCAUUGAUUCGAGACUGUUCCACGGAUUGAGGUACGUUCAGUAUUUCUUCAGCUCAUCGUUUUGAAAAACUCAUCAAACAGCUUCAAGGUGUUUACCAGUAUGGACCAAAAGGCCAAAGCAAAUUGUGAGGGCAGUAUUGUUGCAAGCUUAUGUCUUUUGCUAGUUAGAAGUUUUGGGGAAGCAUAUGAAUAUAUAUCCUUUUGCCUGUACUGUUGUUAAAGACUUGGACAAUUUUGGAACAACAUUAAUUUGGUAUGGACCAUUUUCCUAC